AUGGGUAAUCGAGUUGGUGGACUGCACAGAAGACGUGAGAGACCGGAACAUGCCGCACUGAAGGUUUCUAUGAAACGUGUGAAAGGCCUGGAGCACGUCAAUAAAUUACCUCCUAUUGUACCUCGUCGACACUGUCUUCUACGUCUUCUGAAACAGAAUCGAAUACAUGACUAUCUACUACUUGAAACCGAAUUCAUAAAGCGUCAAAACGCCUAUAAGUCACUAGAAGUUCAGAAAAAGGAGGAGCGAAAAUUGGUUCAGCAACUUCGUGGAACUCCAACAACUUUGGCAAAAGUGCAUGAGUUAUUUAACGAUGAGCAGCACGCCGUUGUUGUUGUCGAAGGUUCGAAACGUGAAUGGUUCAUUCCAAUUCUAUCGAUUGUUGAUAAGGAUCUGCUGCAUUUGAACGCGUUGGUGAUGGUGAAAGCAAGUGGAAUGUUCAAGAAUGUGCCAACGGCUAUCGUUGGUGUCUUACCAGAUACCAUUGAUUCAAGCGCACUUGGUCAUAAACUCGAAAAACCACCGAAAGAGACAUUUGAAGAUAUCGGCGGACUAGAGGGUCCUAUUCAAGAAAUCAAAGAAUCCGUUGAACUUCCACUCACACAUCCGGAGUACUAUGAGGAGAUGGGUAUCACUGCACCAAAAGGUGUGAUUCUGUAUGGAGAACCUGGUACAGGAAAGACACUACUGGCGAAAGCAGUUGCCAAUUCAACAUCGGCAACAUUUAUUCGUGCGACUGGUGCUGAUUUAGUGCAGAAGAACUCUGGUGAUGGUGCGAAGCUCGUAAGAGAACUAUUCAAAAUGGCAAAAGAAAGUGCUCCGUGCAUUGUUUUUCUCGACGAGAUUGAUGCAGUCGGUACAAAACGGUUCGAUACGUCCAGUAAAGGCGAGCAGGAGGUCCAACGUACUCUACUAGAGCUACUAAAUCAACUGGAUGGUUUCGAAAGCCGUGGUGAUGUGAAGGUGAUUCUGGCAACGAAUCGAAUUGAUUCGCUGGACUCGGCACUUCUUCGUCCUGGACGUAUUGAUCGAAAAAUUGAACUACCGAAGCCGGACGAGAAGACGAGGCAGAAGAUCUUUGGAAUACAUACGGCUGGUAUGAACCUAGCAAAAGAUGUAACAUUUGAAGCGGUGAUGUCAAAAGAGAAAAUUAUGUCCGGAGCGGAAAUCAAGGCAGUGUGUACAGAAGCCGGUAUGCUAGCGCUUCGAGCUCAACGAAAGGUGGUUUGCGCUGAUGAUUUCGAGAAAGCAAUCAAAAAUAUGAUGUUGAAGAACAAAGGUGGAGCACCAGAGGAGUUUUACGCCUAA